GCCAGUAUAAAAAUGGAGGAUAUUCACGUUCCCGUAUUCCUUGCUCCAUUAUUGUAAACACUCCGACUAGUUUAUCAGGGAAACCAGCUGUUUAUCCGCAACAAGUCUUAGGUCAGUCUAAGACUAUCUAGAGCAGUCAUGCAGCAUGCAGCAGCAAGAAACCUGAGGGCCUUCAAGACCAAAUGUCUGGACGUGAGCUUUGACCUGGACAAUUCGGAGUACCGUGCAAUCCAGAACAUCGGAACAGGUGCGUAUGGAGUUGUGUGCUCAGCAACGCACAAGAAAACCUCAGAAAAAGUGGCCAUCAAGAAGAUCCCAAAUGCCUUUGAGGAGCUGACCACGGCCAAACGAACCUACCGCGAGCUCAAGAUCAUGCGGCACUUCCGGCACGAGAACGUGAUUGGGAUCCGAGAGAUCCUUAUGCCUAAGGAACCUCUGAAUGACUUCCGGGAUGUCUAUGUGGUGCUGGAUUUGAUGGAGAGUGAUCUCCACCACAUCAUCCACUCCCAGCAGUCAGUCAGCAUGGAGCACAUCCGCUACUUCCUGUAUCAGAUCCUCCGGGGGCUGAAGUACAUCCACUCGGCCAACGUGGUUCACCGGGACCUCAAGCCCAGCAACCUCCUGGUGAACGAGAACUGUGAACUCAAGAUCGGCGAUUUUGGAAUGGCCAGGGGGCUGUCUGGAAACGCCGACUCCAAACGCAAGAUGUUUAUGACCGUUUACGUUGCCACACGCUGGUACCGCGCCCCGGAGUUGCUGUUUUCUAAUGACGACUACUCUUACGCCGUGGAUAUGUGGUCGGUUGGCUGCAUCUUUGCAGAGAUGUUGGGCCGCAAGCAGAUAUUUCCAGGCAAGAAUCCCAUGCAUCAGUUGACUCUCAUCAUCGAGGUCCUGGGGAUGCCACCAGACAGUCUACUCCGCUCAACAAACAGUGACCAGAUCUUUAACUUCUUCCACCGCAACUUUGGCGGGAAGCAGUCCACAAACCUGAGAGACAAGUACCCCAACCUGGAUGAAGACGGGAAGGACUUGCUCUCAAAGAUGCUGGUCUUCAACCCCUCCGAUAGAAUCUCGGUCAAGGAUGCUCUCUCGCAUCCCUUCUUGGCCAAGUAUCAUGAUCCAGAUGAUGAGCCAGAAUGCUUUCCCACGUUUGAUUUCUCCUUUGAGCAGGAUGAGCUCACCAAGCAGCAGAUCAGGCAAAAUGUUGGAAAGAUGAUUUUGAAAUACCAGAGAACCAAACUCUUUGCUGGGAAGAAGUUUCCAGGUUCUGUCUCCGUCGUGAAACCGUCCACAGCAGCCACUGCCACUUCAGCUGCCUUUCAAGAAACCAAAAGUGCAAUAAUGCAGCUGGCUGCUGCAUCAGUUUUGCCUGCCAAUACCUUGCCAGUUGCCAAUCCUCCAGACACCAAACAAAGCUCUGAUGUGAAGUGCCCUCCAAAGGAGGGCAUCUUUAAAGUCCCCUCUAUCCCUGCAGAGGAGAAGAAGUUCCUUACUCCAGAAGCAAAGCCCAACAAAAUGGUUUCGGAGGCAGAAGAAACUUUGAGUGUCAUGGCAGUGUCAACACUUAGUGUCUCAAACGAUGUGCACAUGAAAAGUGCAACCAGGUCAGCCCAGAAUAGUGCAAUAGGUAACACGGAUGGACUAGUCCAGGGUAUGUCUACACUCAAAACCCUCACUGCCUCAUCAAGUAACACCAUCUCAGAAGAUGUAGAAAUGAAAAGUGCCCACGGUGAACAGAAAGAACCACUCAAUGGGUCUAGUAUCGGACCCUCUGUGUCAGAAUCACAGGACGUAGAUAUGAAGAGUGCACGACGGCAAGGAGCAGAGACGAAUUCUGUUACAAUAAGUUCCCAGGUGAAAGACAGUUUGAACAGUUCCAAGCAGCCUCUGCCCUCUGUUGUUGUGGAGGGCACAGGUCAGAAGACAAUUUCUGAGGACACCAAGGAGCUGAUCAAAGCAGCCCUACGACAGUCGGUAUUAAAGAAUAAAAUGAGAAAAGAAUCUGAGGCUGAGAAAGGUGGUGGAAAAAUUCCUGUCACCGCCGUGGCCCGCCAACGAGAACGGGAACAGAAACGACGUCAAAAGCUCCGUCGGUCCAUUGAACGACAGAAGAAGGGCAAAGCGAAGGGCAAGAAAAACACAAAAGAGGUACAAGAGGAUGACAAACACCAAAUGCUGACGGACGAAGACAGAAGUAUGCUGGAGAGAUGGAACAAAAUGUUGAAGAAAAAGGAUCAAGAGGAACCAAGCGAAUCGGACAAAGCUGGCGAUGAUAGUUCUGCACUGGGGUCAGAACACAGCAAAGUCAUCAAGGAGGAAUCCCUUCUUUUUCACAAACGUGUCGAGUCAGAUGUUGGAGUAUCUGCAGCCGUUGCCGAACCUUCCCAGAACACUCGGGGAUCGUCAAGUCGUUCCUCAGUGACUGAAUUAGGAGAAUCUGUGUCCUCCAUCACAAACACUGCCCAAGGCGGACAAAAAGUUGGUGAGAAAAUUGCCACCAGUGGAGUGGUAGAGACAAUUAGUGUGCCAACGCAGCAGCAGAUAUCAAGUUUAGAUAGCACUGCUUCCACAAACAUGUUCCCCUUCUCAGUGGCUUCCAAAGCUCAGAAAAACUCUUACAGCAGUGCAACAAAGACGUCCCCGUCCUCACUGAACAAUUUUGGAACGAACAAUGCACAGCUUUACUUCAGUCAGCCAUCCAGCCAGCCCAUGAACACCAAUCCAAAUCAUAGUUUCUAUGCCCAAAGUGACCAGAAAAGUUCCAGUGUCAUCACUUCAAGGCAGACUGGAGACCAGCAAAUGUCUACCGCGACAAGUUCAGCUAAUCAACCUCCUGCCUCUACCACUGAUACUGCCACUGCCCAGUUGUUGAGUAGGUACCCAACUGCCACGUCACUGUCUGUAGGUUUCCAACCUGGCAAGAGUGAUGGCAGUUCUGGGUUCCAGCAGUAUCGAUCGCGUCACUACUCAGAUCGCGAGACGCCCUCACCUCCACAUAACAUCCAGCAGUCACCACCAGCCUACGAAGACUCAAUGAAAGCAAGGUUUACACCCUACACAAGCCCAACAGGUAACCCCCAAAGCUACCCCUACAAGCACAGCUCCCAGUACCUGAGCCUCAGCAAGCAAAGUCCUGUACGCCAAGAUGGCCUCCCCACCCACUCCCGCCCCUCACCUACCCCACCCGAGCUAGCCCAGGUCAUCCGACAGCUGUCCAAGUCGGCCAUGGAAGACAGCUUACCGCCGAUACUUCAGGUGACACCCAAGGGUGACGGAGCUGGAUAUGGACUCAGUAUGGACUUGGAAGAUUGGCUGGAGGGUUCCUUGGGAUCACCACCGGCUGCAUGCAAGCUGGAUUCAGGACCCUUAUCUGCAUCUCUGCUCUCUGAUUGGCUGGAAGUGCGGGACAUGAAUAUGGAUGACAUGAUCGCCGUACAGCUGGAGCUGGGGCUCACGUCGCCAUUCAACCUGUCGGAUAUUCCAGGGCUAGUCGAGUCGCCAAAGAAUAAGGACAGGGUUUGACCCUAAUUGUUCCCCAGCGCCCGUCUAAUCAGCGAAGCUACCAACCUGUUUAGACUCCGGGCACAAAAGUUAGGUGGUGCUUUGUGACUGCUUUCGAGAGCCAAGAGGACAGGACACACAGCACGCGUGUACAUUGUACUGGUUCAGGUGCAUCUGCUGCAAUGUACGCGCGACUAAUUUUAUUCUGUAUGCGAACAAAGCCAUAAAAAGUGUACUUGUUCUACAUACCCC